UCGUAGCGACUCGCGUUGCCUACCAUGUUGCCUACCCUUCGAAGCCGGAUCGCGGCUCUUUCUUCGUCCUGGACCCCCCGCGCCGUCGCCCGGGCCAGUUACUCGACUACUGUCCCUCGUCUCUCCGAGAACCUCACACCUAAGCCCAAUGUGUCGGAGACCAAGCCUACUACUGUUGACUCAAUGGGAGCGUGGGAUGCUGCGUUGAAGGAGGAUCCGCAGCCCGCUGAGCGUGUCCGCGCCCUGCAGGCUCCCAACCGUGCCACUACUUGGGCUGCCAGCCAACAGCCGAGAGAGACUGCCAUGAGCGGGCCUCGAUUCGAGCAGACGAUCAUGGAACACCAGCCUACUCCCCUGGCCGCCAUCGAACUCAUCCACAAGCAACCCGUCCAAUGGACAAAGGAAAGGGUUGUCGGCUGUGAUGGAGGCGGUGGUCCAUUGGGCCACCCCCGCAUCUUCAUCAACACCGACAAGCCUGAGAUCGCUACUUGCGGCUACUGCGGCGUUCCCUACGCCCACGAGCAGCACCGCGCGUACCUCGCAUCUCUUCCCGCUACCAGCUACCCUCUUGCCCCUACCGGCGAUGCCGCCGCCGACGUGAAAGAAAACUAGUGUAUGACUGAGUUGGGAGCAGCGGUCGAGAUAGGAUUGUUUCAUUGCUGGCGUUGAUGCAUGUUUUUUCUUGUUCGUUUUCGAUUUUCCCGCCCAUUUCUUCUUUCGGGCGAUUGUACAGUUGUUGUGUACCAGACCAAUGAAGCUAGAAUAAAAAAUCCUUCAACUUUC